CCCGAAGUCUGCACUCUGCAGGCGGAAACGCCAGUUCAGCCACGUGGAGAGGGCAGAUCCGAGAAGAGCCGGCGCGAUGAGCUCGCCGGCGAGGUCGACCAUCUCGGCCGCCGAAGACGUCGCUGAUUCCAUCGACGCGCUCUACCGCAAGGACGAGGCCCUGGCUGAACUCAAGUCUGAGGUGAUGGAGGCGCUGCAGAGGGAGGUGAGGUCUCUCGACGAAGACAACUGGAUGUUCGCCGCACCGCGGUCCCGCAUCAACCUCGUCUCCAGGCCUGGUGCUUACCUGCCCAAGCAAAACGGGAAGCUCUCAGAGUUGGGGCAAGCAUCCAAGAAAACAAGGAACUUCUAGGGUGUACAUGCUUGUGCUUGCAAGAAGCCUGGUCCAUGACUCCAUGAUGGUAGUGAAGGCUGUAGCAUCAAGGAUGAUUUGUUCAUGUUUCAAAUCAAUCUGGUUGCUUCCUGCUAAUUCAAUUUCAGACACAUGUAAGGAUUUUUCAAGUGAUUGUGACUUCAAUGUCAUGGUAUUGUUUA